CUCCACGAAGCGCUUUGUGGUGGCGUGAGCGCGAGGCUGAGGGGAGUCGAUGAUGGCACGCAUGGUAGAGCCAAUUCGCCCGAUAGGCGUGUGAACGUGACGUGCGACUAUGAGUGACGUUCGUAGUCCCAGUCCAGGUUGGCGCCGCUGCAGUUGAUUCAAGGCAUGGCCUUCGACCUUGUCAUGGAUGCUUCUCUCUCGGCUUCGGCCGCGUUGGUCGUCGUGCGUGCGGCAGUCUACGUGCCAUCACAUCCGAGCAUAAUCUAUCUAAACCGCCUUACCCAUGACAUAUUCCGGCACAGCAUGAAGGACGAGGGCACAGAGUGCCGCGUUCUUUGCGGGAGAGCUGGUGGAGUGGUCGAGGGAGCAUGCGUCCGGGAACAGGUGUCUGCUACACCUUUGGCGUGUCAGGAGCACGCAGCAAGCCUUUCACCUCAUCUCCGGACGCGUUCUGACUCCUCCGGCCGGGGCAAAGAGCAGAGAAGCAAACCUGCCGCCAUCCGUAAGACGCGCUUCCCAACACCUGCCGUGGCCGCGCAACGGGCCGAGAACGCGAUAUUCAGGUCGUCAUCGUAAACAAAGUGUCCAACUGUGCUUUCUGAAACACGCCGUGGGCGGUCGUGAUGAGUUUGAAUACGCAAAACAGCUCAAAGGGAGGAGGGGAGGAGCAAAGGUGUUGUGCAGAGGGGAAACGCACGCGCCCGAGAAUGGAA